CUCAAGAAGCUAGGCUAUGGAGGGCGAUCUGCGUUGGUGCUGUGGUAGCAGCAGCAACGACUGGGACCUACACGCCGUGGUGCGCCUCGCCAGCUGCAGUGGUGGCAGCCGCAGCCGCGUCACCUCGCCGUCGCCGUGGGCCUCGGACGAAUCAUUCUCCUGCCUGCCCCCGCCGCCGCAGUCACAGAAGGACGAGGUGACGACGGACGCCGCAGCGUUGCAGCAGCCCCUGAUCAGCCCUGCCGUCGACGACCUCUGCGGCCUGCAGCAGGCCUUCUUGGCCGCCACGCCGCAGCCAAGAAGCGAAGCGCCGCCGCCGCAGCCGCCGGCGAAACCACGAACUUCCUACCGCAAUAACGACGGCGGCGUUGGCGGCGGACCGACACGAUCCAAGAGAAAGAAGAAGAAGAGCCAGGUGACCAGCAAGGAGGUGACGCGGGUGCCUGUGGGCACGUCUGCGGACCCCUGGGCGUGGCGCAAGUACGGGCAGAAGCCGAUCAAGGGGUCGCCGUACCCGCGCGGCUACUACCGGUGCAGCACCGACAAGGACUGCAGGGCGCGGAAGCAGGUGGAGCGCUGCCGCACCGACGCCUCUACCCUCAUCGUCAGCUACACCGGCGAGCACAGCCACCCAGUCCCACUCCACCGCAACGCCCUCGCCGGCACCACGCGCAACAAGCCGCAGCCAGCACCGUCCACCUCCCCAGCCGAGCAGCCUCCAGCUGCGUCGCCGAUCGUGGGAGUGGAGUACGAGGAGGACGACACAGUCGCCGCCAGUGUGCUGCUCGAGGAUGCCGAGACGGAGGGAGAGGAAGACGUGCUGUCGUUGUUCCUCGAGCUCGCUCCGAGUCCCAGCAACGGCAGUGGCUCCAAGGACGUCAUGGUAUCCACGGAGCUCCACAAUGGCAGAGGCUCGCAGAAAGUCGUGGCACUCUCGAAGCUCCACGAGUUCCGACAUCCAGCAACGACGAGCAGCAGCAGAACGAGCGAUGGCUUAGGGGCGGCUCCGGCGGCCAUGAACGUGACCCACGAGAACUGCCCUUUCUCAGGACUCCGACUCACGACGUAGGAGGCUGUGCAGCGGUGGCGGCGGCGACCAACUGGGGCUGGCUUGUGCUGCAUACAUCGAUCUCGAAGCACACUGCACACAGCACAGGCGCACACAGAAUGACAGAAUGCUGUUAAUCGUCUUGGCUUAUUGCGGCAGGAUGUACAACCAUUCUGAACUCUA